AUGAGCCGCCCGUCUUCCGCCGGCCCAGGCUCUAGCAAGCCCUGCGGCAAGCAGCAGCAGCAGCACGCUCCGACCCCCGCCGUGCCCGCCGCCGUCCUACCGGGGCCCGGCGGGGCCUCCCCGCCGCCGCCGCCCCCUCCUCCGCCGCCGCCUCCCCCACCGCAGCAGCAGCAGCAACAGCACCACGAGCUGACCUCGCUGUUCGAGUGCCCGGUCUGCUUCGACUAUGUCCUGCCACCCAUCCUGCAGUGCCAGGCCGGGCACCUGGUUUGCAACCAAUGCCGACAGAAGCUGAGCCUCUGCCCCACCUGCCGGGGCUCCCUCACCCCCAGCAUCAGGAACCUGGCCAUGGAGAAGGUGGCCUCGGCUGUCCUCUUCCCCUGCAAGUAUGCCACCACAGGCUGCUCCCUGACACUCCACCACACAGAAAAGCCAGAGCACGAAGACAUCUGCGAGUACCGGCCCUACUCCUGCCCCUGCCCGGGGGCCUCCUGCAAGUGGCAGGGCUCCCUGGAAGCCGUCAUGUCCCACCUCAUGCACGCCCACAAAAGCAUCACCACCCUGCAGGGAGAAGACAUCGUCUUCCUGGCCACGGACAUUAACCUGCCGGGGGCGGUUGACUGGGUGAUGAUGCAGUCGUGCUUCGGCCACCACUUCAUGCUGGUGCUGGAGAAGCAGGAGAAGUACGAGGGCCACCAGCAGUUCUUCGCCAUCGUGCUGCUCAUCGGCACCCGCAAGCAGGCAGAGAACUUUUUCUACAGACUGGAGCUGAACGGCAACCGCCGGCGGCUGACCUGGGAGGCCACCCCGCGCUCCAUCCACGACGGGGUGUCAGCCGCCAUCCGCAACAGCGACUGCCUGGUCUUCGACACGGCCAUCGCUCACCUCUUCGCCGACAAUGGCAACCUGGGCAUCAACGUCACCAUCUCCACCUGCUGCCCCUGA